AACAAUCCAAGUAUUAGAUGGCAAGAUGAGAUCAUUACAAGAUGAAGGUUAUGGUGAUACUGAUAAAAGUGAUUCAUUAACACCUAAUAAAAUAGUUUCUUAUUUAAAUCAUGAAUAUUUAUCAAUUAAUAAUAAUGAAAAAAAGAAUAAUCAAGGUGGUGUAUUUUAUCAUCAGCGAUAUGGUCAUACAAAUACUCGAUCUAUUCCAAUUCCAGCUAACAAUCCCAAGAACCAAUUUAUACCUGUAAAAGAUAUAUUAUUGUAUUUAUCAAAACGUCCUUCUGAAUGUCAAUCAACUGAUGCACUAUUUUUAGAAUGCAUUAGAAAACAAUCAG